CUAUCCACGGGACGCAUUUUUAAGCCGGAUGUAUUUUGCGUGGGAACUCGAACAUGGCGAUCCACUGUAGCAGAAUAUGCCUACAAUAUUUGAUACAUCUGGCCCAAGACAAUGUUGACUUCAGGCUACCUGAGAUUAGGUCGCUGCUGUCCCUCAGGGGCAAACCGUUUGAUCCAGGUGAAAACUUCAAAGAAAAGUCUCCAUUCUGGCGCCUGAAUGGCUUGUCAGAGGAAGAUGUCAACAGCAUCAUGGCCAGAACUGUUUGUGCAAAGUCUGCAUUUGAGCUGUGGGGUCAUGGCAGAACGCACAGUGAACUCAGGAACUCACUCUUGAAAUAUCCAGCAGAGAACAUGUCACCCUUCCUACAGAAAGACUCAACAUACAAAAUCAAUGUCUACACUUUCAACAAGACUCUAGAUUUCGAAGAUAGAAUUAAGAAGAUCGAUGCACUGAUAAGCAGUAUGCACCAUGACACCUGGACAAGUUACCCUGUGGUCUUCCUCCCCAAGGCAAUGGAAUAUCUCUCCUUUGAGGGAAGGGUCAAUCUAAGGAACCCUAAACACAUCUUCUGUCUGUUGGAGGACUAUGGAACUGACCCUAACAACAUCCCAGACGAGCCCCUCUACAUCUACUUUGGGAGAUGGAUUGCAGAUGGCCAGCGUGAGUUGAUUCGCUCUCACAGUGUGAAGAACAGGCACUUCAUAGGUAACACCAGUAUGGACGCUGGGUUGUCUUUUAUCAUGGCCAACCAUGCCAGGGUCAAAGCUCACGACCUGGUCUACGACCCCUUCGUUGGGACUGGUAGCCUCCUGGUUGCAUGCUCUCAUUUUGGUGCAUAUGUCUGUGGAACGGAUAUUGAUUACAACACCAUCCAUGGGAUAGGAAAAGCGAGUCGUAAGAACCAGAAGUGGAGGGGUCCAGAUGAGAACAUCAGAGCCAACCUGCGUCAGUACGGCUCAGAGAAGCUGUAUGUGGACGUCCUUGUGUCUGACGCCUCCAAGCCUAUCUGGAGGGACGGAGUGCUCUUUGAUACCAUCAUCACUGACCCCCCCUAUGGGAUUCGGGAGUCAACCAGGAGAACAGGCUCUCAGAAGGACAGUGUAAACAGUGUGAAGCCAUCUGAAGACUACGUUGGAGACAGCCAUGUCCCCGUUUCCAUGGCCUACCACCUGAGUGACAUCUUCACUGACCUGUUAAACUUCUCAGCUCUCCACCUGGUCAUCGGGGGGCGGCUAGUCUACUGGCUACCAAUCUACAGGCCAGAGUACUGUGAAGAGAUGGUGCCCCUGAAUGCCUGUCUCAGACUGGUCAGUAACUGUGAACAGACCCUUUCCAGCCACACCUCCAGACGUCUCAUCACCAUGGAGAAGAUCAAGGAACCAGAGGAGACAGAUGCGCUGGCCCACCUGUCAGACCCUCACUUUAGCCCAUACCAAGGCCACAACGCCUUCAGGGAGAAGUACUUCAGCGGCAUCAGCAAGAGGACAUUGACAGGAAAGGAGGAGACCAACAAGAUGGCUGCCAACGGUGGGGAGUGAUGUAAGGAUCACAGGAUGGCCCAAUUCAAAAUGGACCCCUAAGCCAGUAUGCAAUUGUGCAGAGGAUUUGACCGGUGCAAUCAAUAUGGUAAUAACGCCACCUUGCUGUUUGAUAGGCUAGAUGGAGGUUUCACCAUAUUGCAUAUACAAAUCAAAUUCUCACAGAUCUGCACAAGUGCAUUAGCUGAAGGUUCUAGGGGUCCAUUUAUAAUUGGGCCGAUACCUGCCUAUGGUUUACAAUGGACUCCAUGGGGACAUAGGGCUCCCUGUUUUAAAUGUCUCAUUUUCUAUUCAAAUAUGUUUUUUAUGGUUUGAUGUUUAUUGCCCUUUGUGUAAUAAUGAAUGUGAAUUGUGAACGAAUAAACACCAUUUUAAAAUGUAUUUAUUUAUUGGAUGCAGGAGAUUUAAGGGCUCUCAAUGUUCUACAUCUUUCUGUGUUAUGUUUUGUUUUAUCCCAGCAAGCACAUUAUCAGAUUUGAUUCAAGAGGGCCCUAAGUGUCCAGAGAACUGUUUAAGGGCUUUACUUUCAGACAGCUGUAUCCAUGUACUAGAGGGCAUUUAGAUAACAGUAUCCCUGCAAGAUUCCAGACGAGACGAGGGACAAACUUGUUUCUCACAAGUUGUUUCUCAAGCUUUUAUAUCCGGACAUUUAAAGAAACUAACAGUUCCUUAUUGUAAAGACACAGAAUAAGUUUCUGAAGUGCCAGCCAUGGUUGGUUUGUUGUUUUGCCAUCAUUGGCAGAAUCUGAGACAUGCUCAACUGUGUGUUCUUUUAGUGAAGGUGUUGUUUAUCUAACGUUGGCUCUGAGAAGUGAUGCCAUCAUCAUGGCCACCCUGCAUGGUCCAAGCCUCGGGGGGAGAUGUCUGUGGGACUGAAGGAAAUACUUUUGUGGAGGGGGCCGUCUAUAUAGGAUGCCAUUUGGGACGCAGCCUGUAUCAUACCAGUCUACCUUUGACAAUAUGGCUAGAGUGAGAAGCAGCCUGUAUCAUACCAGUCUACCUUUGACAAUAUGGCUAGAGUGAGAAGCAGCCUGUAUCAUACCAUCCUACCUUUGACAAUAUGGCUAGAGUGAGAAGCAGCCUGUAUCAUACCAGUCUACCUUUGACAAUAUGGCUAGAGUGAGAAGCAACCUAACUGUCUGUAGUUUCUGUCAGAAAUGUAGACUUCAUCGCCGCUGAAUCAGGCAGGAAUAACUUUUUAGAUUAUGUUAAUUUUACCUAGCUGCUGCGAUCAGGCUGGUUCCACCUGGUUUAAUGUGUUACCUGCUAAUUUGUCAAAUCUGAUUGACCUCUUUCAGUGGGUUAAGCAACCAUCGUAACUUUAUUACAGGGUUUAUAUGGGCAUGGAUUUUCAAAAUGGUGUUACCCAGGCCUGGAAAAGUCAUGGGAAUGUAUUUAAUAAUUUGUUAAUUUAAUUUGUUUAGGCACAGUUUUUACAUAUUUUAUCAAUCAAAUAAAAAAAAUCUGCAUAUCAGCCAGGAUUGGAAUGACA